AUGGUUCUACAAGCGAUAAAGUAUGAACCGGCAUCCGGGCCGUCACCUCCCACCCUCCACAUCCUCGACCAGCUUCUCCUUCCACACAGAACAACAUAUGAAGCCAUCACCGACUGUGAGCAAGCCCACGCCGCGAUCAAGCAGAUGAAAGUGCGCGGGGCGCCGGCGAUCGCGAUUGUGGCGGCUCUGGCACUGGCCGUGGAAAUCGGCACGGCAGCAAAGUCGGGCAAAUUGCCACCAUCAGCAGACGAAACGAAAGAGACAAUCAGUCAACGGUUGGAAUAUUUGAAGACUAGUCGACCGACAGCAGUCAAUCUCGGCGAUGCAGUGGGUAAACUUAAGAUUUUGGCAAAGAAGGCUGCGAUGCAGUCUGGAGCAUCUGCGGACUCGGUUGCGCAGGCAUAUAUUACAGCCGCAGAGCGCAUGCUAGUCGACGAUGUGGCCGACAAUAAAGCCAUUGGUGCCCACGGAGCUCGCUGGAUAGAAGAGAAUACGGUCGCUGGGAGACAGAGGAGACAAGACAAAGCACAUGAAUUGGAAGUCCUUACACACUGCAACACAGGGUCUUUAGCAACAGCAGGCUAUGGCACCGCACUUGGUGUGAUCCGGUCCCUCAGAGCCGGGAAUAUGCUCACCCGGGCUUAUUGCACCGAAACUCGGCCCUACAACCAGGGCUCACGGCUGACCGCAUAUGAGCUGGUCCAUGACGAGAUACCAGCAACCUUGAUCACUGACUCGAUGGCAUGUGCGCUGCUGGCGAGAGAAGGGAAGCGUCUCGCUGCCAUCGUGGUAGGAGCCGACCGAGUCGCCGCAAAUGGUGACACGGCAAACAAGAUUGGAACGUAUUCCUUGGCCGUGCUUGCCCGGCAUCACGGCAUCAAAUUCCUUGUUGCAGCCCCACGCACCACAAUUGACUUGCGGACUCCAUCUGGGAAAGAUAUUGUGAUCGAGGAACGCGCACCGGAAGAAGUUACGAGAAUCAGGGGCCCAAGGGUCACGGCUGAAGGGAAAGUCGAGGUUGACGAGGCUGCCGAAGUCAUCUCCAUUGCGGCCGCUGGAAUCGAUGUAUGGAACCCUGCAUUCGACGUUACACCAGCCGAAUUGAUCGAUGGGGUGGUUACCGAAGUCGGUGUUGUGGAGAAGGUCAACGGCAAGUUCGAUUUUGGUCCGAUAUUCCAACAGUCGCCUUGA